AUGGUCUGCCCGGAGCUGCGGCUAGAUGGCCGGGCAGGGCAGGUCCUUACGCUGGUCCAGGAAGGUAUUGGAGAACAGGAGGCCAGUGAGGACGCGAGGGCCUGUAAGAAUGCCUCUCAAGGGAUGUGCUUUCGGUCGGUGGACGUGGAGACCUUGGCACAGCAGCUCAUGGUGGCAGUGGAUAAUCAUGACGUUCCAGUGGUUGAGGAUAUCCUAUCUCGUGUGCGCCAGGACGGCAAAUCAGUUCUGAAAGAUUUGGUGCGCGCAUUUGAUGUGGAUGGCAACACGCUCUUGCACCGGUGCGCGGGCGGAAGCAACACAGAUGGGGGGCAGGUGGUGGAACUCUUAGUGGAGUCAAAGGCGGACGUGAACAGCAGAAACUUGCUCGGUGAGACACCCUUGUUGUCUGCGGCCCGUUGUCGCCAGUUGGAGGUUAUAGCUGCGCUGCUACGAGCUGGGGCGGAUCCAAGCCACCCAGACACCAUCGCUUCAGAGACAGCUCUAAUGGAGGCAGCAUGCCGGGGUGAUGCGGAAUUAUGCCGCUUGCUACUGCAGGGCCGUGCUGACCCACUUGCCUGCAAUCAUCAUGGCCGCACCGCAAGGGACUUGGCCAUCGAAAACCGCCACAGUGACGUUGUGCACCUGUUUGCGGAGUUCGGCAUCACGGGUGAGGCUGCUGACUCGCUGCAAACAGCGGAGUUAGUUGAGGCUUUAAAUGUGGCUGAGAUGCACGGCUUGCUGUCAAACUUAUCCAAUGCUGACCUGCAGCGAGUUCUUGCUAGAGGAGUCGACGGCUCUGGGCGGCAGCUGCUGCACAUUGCUGCCAGUCUGGGAGGUGAUGAUGCCGCUGCUGACAUGGCGAGAUUGCUGAUAGAAUUUGGAGCGCCCGUUGACGAUGCCGAUUUCCAGGGCAACACGCCGCUCUCGCUGGCUGUUGGCGCUGCUUGCGCAGCCUCAGACAAAUGGCCCGCAUUGGACACCAUCCGAGCUCUCUUGGUUGCAGGAGCGUUCCCGGACCAGGGCCUCUUGUCACACGACUUGGUGGAUGCUUCAAAUAUGGACAUCCAUCGGCUACUUCAAGCCUUCGGGGAGCCUGUUCAGCAAGAGGAGGAGGAACCCGCACUGGAUUUGGAGGCUCAGUGUGCAGAGGAGUCGAUUCCCUUGGAGAAGUUGGGGCCCUUGGGCGCAAAAGCGGUGUUGGUGGCAUGCUGCAAAUGGCGAGGAAUGUCUGUGAAGCAGCUGCGAACGGAAUGUGCUGACCUUGGGAUUCCCACGGAUGGCUGCGUCGAGAAGGCGGAAGUGAUCGGGAGCUUCGGACUUGAGCUUGCGCCAAUUGCUGUUGCCAGCGUUUUCUCAUUGAGCGGUCUGCCGUGCCGCUGCUAA